AAAGAAACGUCACGUACUUGUAUGUAGGUCCUUCACUCUCAUACGGUAUGAACCUCGACAACACUCAUCGAGUCAUUGAUCUACGGCUCUUUUGAGGGCUUCUUGGGCGGACGAUUCUUCGCAAAGGCGGACGGUGCAGCAUUUUUUGCUUCCUCCCGCCCAACAGUGGCAGGGAUUCCACAGCCCCCCGCCGAUUCAUGGCGCGAGUGCUUCCAAUGAAUGCGGUGGUUGAUGGAUGGAUGGGUGAUAUCUAUCACUGCUCCACAGGUUGGCCAACACCGGAGCUGACCGCAGAGGUGGAGGACGAGGAUCUCCUGAAGCGUGAGUGGGACAUGUGGGAGGAGCAACAAAAGCCAGACCAACCGAGCUUCCGGCUGCCGGAUGCGGUGGAAGAUCCAAAGGCCUUCGGCUGGGAGAUGCAUCAGGUGAAGGACGUUUAUGCCGAGGAGGACGUGUCGCAUUUCCGACAGAUGGUGGAGAGCUUGCUGCAGGAGUCGAGCCCAGAAGACUGCGACAGCUGGAUGGGCAUGGGCUAUACCACUGCAAUGCUGAGAAAUCUUCCAAACAAGUACAUGCGCGACAAGCUUGUGAGUCGUUUGAACACGUGUGGCUACAAGGGUGAUAUUGACUUCCUCUACCUGCCCAUCGACUUCAGGAACAAGUGCAAUGUGGGCUAUUGCUUUUUGAACUUCCGGACCUCUAAAGCCUUGGUUCGCUUUAGAGAUGAGUUCCAUGGUCGUCAGAGUGGCGAGAAGUUGCCCGGGUUCAACAGCAAAAAGGUCUUGGAGGUCUCUCCUGCUCGUGUGCAGGGGCUACACCCCAACAUCGUUCGCCUACAGGGAUCGCCCAUCAUGGCUCGCGCCAUGGAGCGGGAAUGGCUCCCAGUUCUCCUGGAUCCCAUGGGCAGAAUCCUCGACUUCCCCAUGGUCAUGCCACAGGCAGCUGAAGCUUCGCAGGGGCAUGGACGCCGGGUCCGACGUCCGGCCGGGCCCCCUGCUACAGAGAUCUUCCAGUGAGGCGGCACUGCGACUCACCUGUUGCCCCAGCGUGCCACACGUGAGCCGUGCAGCCGACAGCCACCGCUGCCGUUUUCGGAUGCCUGGCAGGCCUCAUGAGUCCCAGGCGCCGAAGUGUGGGUUGACCUCGAUGGCUUCCAACAAUAGCAAAGCGAUGGUCCGCCUCCAACCUAGCGAUGGCCUCCACCUAAUAUGUUACUACUAGUAAGGCACCUGUUACUACUAGCGUGGCACUUGUUUCUACUAGC